CCAUUUAGAGUUUGAGGCCGGUGAUCUUUUCGGCUCCGGCCGGAUGAGUGAUCGGUCAUCAGCUAUCGAUCCAUGAAUUUGCGUCUGAGCUCUAAUGUAUACGAUAUACGCAUCGACCCCCUCUACAGUACGGGCCGAGUAACGAUACCAGAACAUAUCAAUCCAUUAGCUCAUUCCAAUUACGACCGGAUCGAGCAAAUUUACCGCCUGUCGGAUCUUACAAACAGGCCUCCUAGAGAACAAAGGAAGAAGUUACAUUGCUACAAACCGGCCUCUCUAUUAUGGACGACGACUGGCUUGAAGAAGGACCCUCAGUCCCAGCAGGAGGAGCCGGGGACCCGAUGGUCGACCAGAACUGGGAACGCAUAACCACGAAAUACGCCGACGUCGGGUACCGGGAAGGGAUCUCCGAGGGCAAGCUCUCUUCCCUGCAAGAAGGUUUCGAUCAGUCGUUCAAGACCUCAGUACCGCCCGUGAGGAGGCUAGGGAGAUUGAGAGGAGCUGCGGCGGCUCUGCUUGCCUAUACGACUGGGUCCAAAUCGACAUCAACGUCGCCAGACGAAGCGUUGGUGGAGAAAGUACGAGCGCUGAUCUCCGACCUCGGUCGAAUAAAGCCCUCAGAUAUACUUGCCAUCGACCAGGAAGCUCUGGACCACGCCAAGGAGCAUGUAGGGGACGAGCACGAGGAUCUACCACGGGAAAAGAAGGUGCUGGACGACCUUGUCGACGCUUUCGACGUCAUGGCAGGGCAAAAGGUGGAUGGCGUGGAUGUCGCUGGGGAAAAGGUGCAGCGAGAGGACGAGCUGUUGACUUUGCUGGAGCAGAGAUUCGAUGUGCUGCAACGGUCGGCGGGGUUGUAAAGACUAGGCUGGAAGAGCAGGAUAACGCGCAAGGCGGAUCCUCAUACGUAACAACCGUUGAGUGGGCGAUGUUUUAUUAUAAGCUACACUGUGACGAGACCUUGUACAACACG